GUCUUUACAGAUGAGAUAACCGCUUGCACACAGGACAAAGCCCUGGCAAGGAAACCGAAAGGAAUUAAUUGAACACGACUUGUUACUUGUUUUUGUCAACAGCAGGACAGCCACAGCCCCUGCCCACGUGGCCCCGAGAGGCAGGAAGCGGGACAGAGGGGAGGGAAGACCCUCCCUGCUAAAGGGGAGGAGGCAGCAGCCAUUAGCCCGCAGGGCAAAGUUCGUUCCUCGUCACUGCCCGCGUUCAGUUUCGUUUCCCAGCUGAGCCCUCCCUGUCCGCCCUGCUCGGAGCUGAAGGCACGGCCCAGGCAAAGGCCAUGGCCGGGCUGAAGGAAGAGCUGACCUGUCCCAUCUGCCUGGACAUCUACAAGGAGCCCACGAGCGCGGGCUGCAGCCACAGCUUCUGCAAGGACUGCAUCAAGGAGGCGCUGCGGGGCCAGCGGAGCCCUGCCCGGUGCCCGCUGUGCCACUCGCUCGUCGGGGAGCUGCGGGCCAACUUCCACCUCCGCAACAUCGUGCAGAGGUUCCUGGAUGCUCCCGCGCAGCAAGAGGAGGAAAAGCAGGAAGCGCAAGGCCAGGAGAAGGGGGAAAGCUCGGGCCAGGCCGGGGAGGCGGUGCUGUGUGACUUCUGCCUCCAGGAGCCGCAGCCCGCAGUGAAGACGUGCCUGAGCUGCGAGGCCUCGCUGUGCCAGGCGCACCUGAGCAGGCACAACAGCCGGCACGGGCAGAAGAGCCACGUGCUGGUGGAGCCCUGCGAUGGGCAGCUUUUGGCUGAGAGGAGAUGCCCCCAGCACGGCAAACUGCUGGAGUGCUUCUGUGAGAGUGACUCGGAGUGCAUCUGCGUCCUGUGCUCCGUCAUCUCGCACAAGAACCACAAGAUCAUCAGCUUGGAGGAGGCUUUCAGCGAAGCGCAGGAAUCUUUUCCUGGAAUUCUGAAAACACUGAAGAACCAUGAAGCUGCCGUGGAUAAAGUCAUAACAAAAUUGCUGAAACAAAUGGAGGGACUAAAGAGUGAUGAGAGCCAGCGGAGGGUACGGCUGGAGAGCCUGUUCAAGGAGAUGCAUAAAGAGCUAGAGAAGAAAAAAGGGGAGGUCCUGAAAGUUCUAAAUGACUAUGAGGAGGAACAACUUUCUAAGAUUCAGACAGAGGUGAAUAAUCACAAGAGGAUGAAGGAUUCGGCCAGCCAGGAUAUUCAGGAGCUGCAGGCUCUGAGGAAUCAGAAGGACACACUUCUUUUCACCAAGGCUUUUUCAGCGAUCAGAGGCAGGAAAUGCCAGCCACUUCCUAAAAGGGAAGUUGUGCCAAAGCCACCCAUUACU